GGCGAGCACAUGUGAGAAAGCCUACAUGUCGCAAUAACUAAAUAUACUGGCUGUCGAGCUGCUGCUGUUCUGAGAAAUCAUGUCUGAACCGGCGCACUAUCCUUCUCCGGACUUCGACCGUCCCCCGACGAACUCAUUCACGCUGCCGUCUCGCAGCAGCUUCCACGCGAGCAUGUGGAGUUGGACCGAGUCGCCCACGGAACCGAGCCGGGGCUCGUGCGCCCAACCGCCCUGGCACCAGAGUCCAGUUGCAACUUCUUACAACUACUACACGCACGGUCACCACAACGCUCAGACAGGUCAUGGAUGGCAUCAAGCUGGACACAGAGGUGGAUGGCAACAUUACAACCCCUCAGGAAACCACGGGAAAACGAACAAGAAAGAACCUGAAUAUUUGUUUUUCUGCGAUACCUGUGACCGUGGAUUCAAAAAUAACGAGAAGUAUGGCGAACACAUGGCACAACACGUUCAGUGCUCCGUCCCUGACUGCAGUUUUACAGCGCACGAAAAAAUAGUCAGCAUCCAUUGGAAAAACAACCAUGCGCCUGGAAAAAAGAGAAUUAAACUGGACACACCAGAGGAGAUUGCCAAGUGGCGGGAGGAAAGGCGAAGGAACUAUCCCACCCUGCAGAACAUUGAGAAAAAAAUGAAGGUGAUGGAGGAGCGGGAAGUGACGGGAGCAGUACUGGAAACGGCCCAGUUUGGGCGCAUGAGGGGCAGGGGGCGAGGACAGCGAUGGAUGCAUGGCCGAGGCAAAAGAGGGAGGCAGUAUCCAGGAGCAUCACACUGCAGCACGGCAGAGAGACCCCCCCAGCUCACCACACCCCGCUCAGAUGGCGAUCCAUUAGGAGCGCUGGUCAGCAAUGAACACGAAUCAGACAAAGAUGAGGCUGCUGCUGAGAGUAGGUCGUCUUCAGUCACAGUGCCUCCGAAACAGAUGAGCUCAGCACUUGCGUGCCUGGUUGCCAGUUAUGGUUCUGCCAGCGAGAGUGAUGAAGAGCCUGGAGCUUCCCCUCUUCUCAGGGCACAGGAGGCUGUGCAGGAAAACUUGGAAAUACUGAGCAUGUCUGCGCCAAAGGUUCCAUGUGAUGAUGGGUCACACACUGGCUCAAAGCUUCAGUCACCUCAUGCAAACAGGAGAGGGGGGCGAGGCAGAGGAGGGAGGGGUGGGAUGAGAGGAAGAGGAGGACACCAAGCUACGCCACAGCAGCGUCGCCCCACGCUGCUUGAGAUGUUGCUUGCCUCAGACAUCCGGCACGAGAGGAACGUCCUUCUUCAAUGUGUGCGAUUUGUGGUGCAAAACAACUUCUUCAGGCAUGAGAAUGGAGCCCAGAGUGGAGAGGCAACCCGGGGUUGCUCUGAUCCUCCGAGGGAAGGGACCAGGCAGAGGCGUGACGUGCCAAGUGAUGUGUUGUUACCGCAGUGCUCUCCUGUCAUUCCCGAAGCGCUUGCUACCAUGGUGGGCCCAUACCUCUCAGAGAACAGUCUGGACCUGAGUGAGCGCACGUGCCCGUCCACGGACCACGCAGCCGACGAGUUGAGAUGGAGCUCAGAAGAAACAGGGCCCACAGCGGCUACGUAUGACGAUGAAAUAUGGGAGAGCCAUUUGGUGACAUGAGGGGUGGUGAUAUAUUAUGGCAAUUCUUAGUUCACAUAACAUUCAGAAGAUGAGGCUGAUAUUUUUAUUUUCUUCUAAUCAUGUAUUUUGGAUGUUGAUAUUGUUUCUCACAAUCAGUGUACAGAGGAGAUAGUGUUUCUUGUCUUCUGAAAUAAAUGG